AUGGGAGAGAAACCCCAGGGCAAGCGCACCCUUGUCAGGACCAUCAGUGGAUAUGACAAGUACGUUUAUGAUUGUCGCCUUGUCUCCAUGAAUAUGCCACUGAACAGUGAUGGGACUGUCAUGUUCAACGCCACUCUCUUUGCCUUGGUCAGAACAGCACUGAGGAUCAAGACAGAAGGUAACCUGGAGCAAGCCAACGAAGAGCUGAGAGCAAUAAUUAAGAAAAUCUGGAAGCGCACCAGUAUGAAGCUGCUGGACCAGGUGGUGCCCCCUGCGGGUGAUGACGAGGUGACCGUUGGGAAGUUCUACGCCACUUUCCUGAUUCAGGAAUAUUUCCGGAAGUUCAAGAAACGUAAAGAACAGGGACUGGUGGGCAAGCCCUCCCAGCGCAACGCGCUCUCCUUGCAGGCUGGUCUACGCACACUUCAUGACAUCGGUCCAGAGAUCCGACGAGCAAUUUCUGGAGACCUGACAGCUGAAGAAGAGCUAGAUAAGGCCAUGAAAGAAGCUGUUUCUGCUGCCUCUGAAGAUGAUAUCUUCCGGAGAGCCGGAGGCUUGUUUGGAAACCACGUCAGCUAUUACCAAAGUGAUGGCAGGAGCGCGUUCCCCCAGACGUUCACCACCCAGCGACCUUUGCACAUCAAUAAGUCUGGCAACAACCAGGGAGAUACUGAAUCUCCAUCUCAUGAGAAGUUGGUGGACUCCACCUUCACUCCCAGCAGCUACUCAUCUUCAGGCUCCAACGCCAACAUCAACAAUGCCAACAACACUGCCCUAUGCCGCUUCCCCAGCCCACCCAGCUACCCCAGCACUGUCAGCACAGUGGAAGGCCACGGGACCCCCUUGUCACCCACCAUACGUGUGCAGGAGGCUCCUUGGAAACUAUCUUCCAAACGCUCCAGUUCCAGAGACAGCCAGCUGGCAAUUGUUUGCCAAGAGGAAGUGUCUCAGGAUGAGACUUAUGAUGAAAAUUUGAAUGAAGACAUUGAGUACUGUAGUGAACCGAGUCUGCUCUCUACCGAAAUGCUUGCAUACCAAGAUGAUGAAAACAGACAACUCACUCCACCAGAAAACAACAAAGGAGAGGACACCCGGCACUCUCCAAAGAAAGGGUUUCUGUGCUCCUCAGCACUAGGUCGAAGAGCAUCUUUUCACUUAGAGUGUCUGAAAAGACAGAAAAACCAGGGUGUAGAUGUCUCACAGAAGACAGUUCUGCCUUUGCAUCUGGUACAUCAUCAGGUCUUGAUUUCGGAAGGACUGAUGCAGUUUGCUCAAGAUCCAAAGUUCAUUGAGGUCACAACCCAGGAGCUCGCAGACGCCUGUGACAUGACGAUAGAAGAGAUGGAAAAUGCAGCUGACAACAUUCUCAAUGGUAACAGCAAGCAGAGCCCCAAUGGCAACCUCUUGCCUUUUGUUAACUGCAGGGACCCAGGGCAGGACAGUGCAGGAGAGGAAGAGGAAGAGGUGCAGAACCCGGAUUCUAGAAAAAGUCAGGAGGAGCUCAAGGACAGCAGGAUUUAUAUCAGCAGCCUGUAG